AUCCAUUGGGGAGGCCUGUUCUGAAAUGGACGUUGUUCAUCUAUGUGAUAAUCAUCUUUAUUUAUAAAAAUAUCUCUUAAACAUAAACUUCUGGAAUAUUCUUUCAAAUAGUAAUUCCAGUUCCUCUUGUUAAUGUCUAUUUAUUCAAAUAGGUGGUUUCAUUGGCCCCUACAAUUAUUUUUAGGAAGAUUAUCUUGAUGGACCUUAUGAGUAUCACCCAGUUGAAGAAGACAAUGGAUCAUGUGUACACUUCAAAAAGAGAAUACUACUUGACAAAAAUAGUAUAUCAAAAAUGUCAUUUAAAGAUGUGAUAUCAAAAUACAAUGGCACAUUAGUUCUUGUUGCAUCAAAAGAAGAACGUUGGGCUGCUUUGGCUCCACAUUUACCAUUUUCAUAUAUAGCUCAAUUUAAAAAAAUUCACUACUGCCUUCUAGAAUUAAUAGGCAGGUCAAGGGAAAAUGGACAAAUGACUGUCGGUAAAUCGAACGUGGCAAAAAUUCUCAAGGAUUCUAAAUUAUUGUUCUACAAUAGAAAAAUACUACAAGAUUUGGACUUAGUAAGAGUGUCACAUAUUACACAAGUUAUGGCAAAUAGAGGAGCAUCAAAAGCAAUUUUAUUGAGACUGAGAAGGUUUCACCAAAGCUCUAUACUAAGUGUCCCAAAAAUUGGUUGGAUUCACAAUCUGAUAGAAUACUUAAAAGAAAGACCAAAUUAUUGUGAAUCUACUGAAACAGUUGUAAGUAAAGGUUUAAUGACACAACAACAAAACAAAAGAUUCCAAAAAAAGUUCUACAUAUUUGGUUUUGAAGAACAACCUGUUAAAUUAAAUGAACUUGCAACAUCAAAGAAAAGAGAAAGGCCAAAUAAGAAACGUCGUUAUAUUUAUUUAAGCUCUAUAAGUGAUGACGAACAUUCUGAAUCUGAAGACGAAGAACAUAAAUCACCAAUGAAAUGUCAAUACAAAGUGGGUGUCAACUUGCUGAGACAAGCAUAUGAAAGAUUUUUAGAAGCAGGACUUGAAGGUUUAACACAAAUAGAAUUAGGAGAACUCUUAGGUAUUGAGUUUUAUGUAAGCAGAACAAUUUGUAGACUUUUUAAGGCAAAAAAUAUAGUUAGAGAAUUUUUAGAAGAUAAAGGUAGACAACGAUUGGCAAGAUUCAUUGCUGUUGCAGCUACCGCAAAGAUGGACAUUCAAUAUUCGAAAGAAAAAGAGAAGUUUCUAAAAUAUGUUGAUGAAUGUAUCAAUCCUAAUGAUAACAAAGAGUCAAAUAAAUCUUCAUCUGACUCUGAAGAUUCCGAAGUUCCCAGAAAAAAAAUUAAAAUAGAAAAUGAAUCUGAAAAACACACUGAAUAUGAAGCUGAAAUCACUGAAAUUAAGACUAUACCUGGUGUGCCUAUGAAUCUUCCAAAUCCACUAUCAGAGUCAUCUAAAAAACUAACUCUUAGACAAUUGAAAUUUGCCAGUGGUGUAUUAAAAGUCAUACGUGACCGUCAAAUUGUGUUUAAUUACCAAGAAUUGGGUAGGCUCAUUGCUGCAGAAACCAAACAACCACCUAUGGAUGGAAAAGCUCUGAAAACGUUUCUCCAAAGACUGGUUAUAGAUGGAUGUAUUAAAAUUUACACUAUCAAAUGGCCUGGGUACAAUGAUAAAUUUACCAAUGUCAUCUGUGCUCCGCAUAUUAAACCAUCUCACCCAAAAAUAAGAACUAAAGGUAUGGUUAUCGUGAAAAAUAGUACACGAAAUAUACAACAAGCUAAGAAAAAUGCAACAAUAUCGAGAUCUUUGACUGAGUAUUCUUUCCCUCGUUAUAUGAAACUCCAGAAACUACACAUGGCUAUGAUAAAAUAUGCUUAUUUUGAAGACAUUAAAUCGGAACCAAAUGGCUUACCUCAAGGAUUUGUCUAUAUAAAAGAUUUGAUUCCAGAAUUGACCCUAGAAAUUGCAUUAGGCACCAUAUGCAGUGCUGGUAUUUUGAAUAUUUCAAGAUUUAACAUAAACGACGAACUUCUUCAAACUAAAUUACGCUAUGUACCAGAGGAGUUAUAUAAAGCUCUAACAAAUACAAGUCAUCUUGACAAAUCUAUACGAACUAAUUUGAAAGUACUUGCGAUGUUCGGACUUGUCCAACUAAUAGCACAAGUUGCUCCCAUGAAUGUAAUCAUACCUGACAAUUGUCUUGCUAUUCACUUAUUCUAUGUUAAUAAAAAUGCUACAAUACUUGAUACAUCAGGUGAUUGGCCAAAACGAAAUGUGAAUAUCCAGAAUUUCGAAAAACAGUUUCAUUUUGAAACGUUUGAUCGUGUUACAGAGUUUUGGGACGCAGUUUACUCCAUAAGUACUGCUACUGUAAUUGAUAUACCUAACCGAAAACGGGGAAAACCACCUCCGGUUUCAAUAAGGACACAAAAUGAGGUAGAUGAAUAUGAUAUUGGGCUCAGAUUUGGAGAUAAUUUGGGACCUUGUGGAUUUGAUUCAAACUUUUACCUUGAUGUACAGCGUUUGUGGAGAGCUUAUUGCGCGAGAUCUAAUCACAUUCCUCCAAAUAAACAAAAGCGACAAUCAGUUAUUAAAAUACCUAAGUUUGAAAAACCUAAAAGAAAAGUUCAAAGAAUUGUAAAGAAAGCAAUACAAAAACCAAAAUUGAUUGAAAAACUACCACACAUAAAAAAAUUGCAAUAUAAACAAGCUUUGUUGAGACAACCCUUACCAAGCAGAAAGAAAGUUUCUGAACAAAUAAUUUGGACGCCUGAAGAGGAUAUGAUUAUAAUGUUGUGUAAAACUGCUAUAACUAUUAUGAGCCCUAUAUCACAACCAGGUUGUUUGCAAGUCAGAAAUUUGGUCACUAAGGAUAUACUAUCCAUUAGAGAUCCCAAAAAAAGUCAAAAGGCAUGUCAUAAAAGAGCAUCAAUUGUAGAUGCUAAUUCUACAAUGAUACAUCUAAAUGACUGCAUCAUGGUUGAACUAAAACGUCAUGUUGGUAUUACGCAAAAGUAUGACAGUAUGCUAAAAAAAUUAAGAAUUCUUAAUUCCAAUUGUAAUAAUACAAAAUAUCUGCUUGCUGCAAGAGUGCCCAUGAUGGAAUUAAUAUGGGUUUUAAUGACUGUAUUAAAAGCUUGUUCGGUCAAACAAACUGUUCCUGUCUUUCCGAAUUUAGAUGAACUUUAUAAAAAAUUCACAGUGGUACCAUCAUCUGCUAAUCGACCAGGAAAUAAGUAUCAAUCUGCCCCUGAUGAUUUUGUAAUUGGUCCAUUAAAGGAAUCUAUAAUAUUAACUGUUAUGCUAUCUUUUGAAAAUGUUAUGCCAAAAGAAAAUGCUAAAAAAAUUUAUCACAAUUUUAAACGAUACGACGAAAGGACAUUGAGGAAAGCUGUUAUACAAUUAAGACAGAGUAGAGCUAUUUCAGCUAAAGAAAAGAUAUUAAAUGGACUCUUGCACAAAGUUAACUUAGAUGACAUAGUAGAUUGCUGGUAUAAGAUAUCUGCACAAUACCAACGCAAAUGGUUGAUCAGACUCAAUUCAGAAUUUGUAGAUGAGCUGGCCAACUGUUUUUAUAAAUCAACUGUCGAAGAUGAUCUGAAAGGUUCACCAGAGUUAAACUGUUUUUGUUCUGAGCUUCAAAUAAUGGGUGUCCUACAAAUAACCAUGACAGUUGCACCUGCUAUAUCUGGAUUUUCAGGAUCCAUAAUUCAAGAAGAUCAGUUAAAUGCCAUAGACAUAGAAUCUAGAUAUAAAUUAAAAUCUGGCACACUUGCCUGGAAAGUUAGAAGCGACAUUAAGAACUUUGUAGAUAUUUACAAAAACAUGGAGAUUGAAGAACCUUUACAGGAUAUCCUAAGGGAAUCAGUGAUGGAACAAAAUGAAAUUCUGGGAUCAAAUUUAGAAAAUGUUUAUACCGAAGUGGAAGACAAAAUUAUAGCACAUCUUAAACAAAAGCGGGAAAAUGGAAGCAAUUUGCGUGAAUUGAAGGACAUUUCUGGACUCAACUAUGAAUCUUUGAACAAAACUCUAACAAAAUUGAUUACUCAAAAAAUCAUCAAACGUGUUGGUGUCUACGACAAUAUUAUCAUCAUGAUGGAGUAUAUUAAAAAGUGGUCGAUGGCAAUAAACAAAUAUUACAUACUGAGUAAACCCUGGCUAACAAUAGACGCAGAAAUAAGAAAGGAUAUAUUUUUGAAAUGGGCUGGAGUAGUGAUGAAUAAAGUUUUCGAAAACCCCGGGUCUAGUUUAUCUUAUUUAGCAGACAAUUGCGAAUUCUUAUCUACUGCAGCUGUUCAAGAUGUUAGCUAUGUUCUAUUUAAAUGGAAAUGUGUUACAUUACAUACUAUGAUAGAAAAAGAACCAGAUUUACUAUCUGAAGACGAUGAUGUAAUACCAGAACUUGGUGAAUAUAAUUCGUUUGAAUCACCACACAACAUUAUAGUGUUACCUGUUGUUGAUUCUUUUGUAAGAUACUCGUUUAUAAGAAAAACUAUUCUUAAUAGUCUAAAUUAGUGACAGGAGAUUUCGUCAAUUCUUAGCUUCGGUUUGUUCAUCAGAAUUGUUACCUAUGUCCACUUUGUAUAAUAUUUGUUUUAAUAAAACUGUAAAUAUGU